GAAUUUGAAACUGGAGCAUGAGCAGGAGAAAAACAAGAUCUUGUCAGAAGCAUUAGAGACACUCGCUACUGAACACCAUGAACUAGAGCAGUCUCUAGUUAAGGGAUCUCCACCUCUCAGCAUCCUCAGUGAAGAGCAGUUCUAUGAUGCUCUUUCAGAUUCAGAAUCUGAAAAAUCAUUAAGUGGGUUUGAAACAGCAGCAACCUACUCAUUAGAGGACAGCAUGGAUCCGAAAGAUGCAAUAACUUCAAGCGUGUCUGAAGACAAGGUUUGUGGCAGUGGGGAAUCGCUGUCUAAUGGCAUCAAAAAACACAGAACAAGCUUGCCAUCUCCAAUGUUUUCCCGAAAUGACUUCAGUAUCUGGAGUAUCUUAAGAAAAUGCAUUGGAAUGGAGCUGUCGAAGAUCACAAUGCCGGUUAUAUUCAACGAGCCCCUGAGCUUUCUGCAGCGACUUACGGAGUACAUGGAGCAUACAUACCUCAUCCACAAAGCCAGCUCACUCUCCAGCACAACUGAGCGAAUGCAGUGUGUUGCUGCAUUUGCUGUGUCUGCUGUAGCCUCGCAGUGGGAACGUACAGGGAAGCCAUUCAACCCGUUGCUUGGAGAGACCUAUGAACUGAUAAGAGACGAUCUUGGAUUUAGACUUCUCUCAGAGCAAGUUAGCCAUCAUCCACCCAUCAGUGCUUUCUAUGCUGAAGGCUUAAAUAAUGAUUUUGUCUUUCAUGGAUCAAUUUACCCUAAACUCAAGUUCUGGGGCAAGAGCGUGGAGGCAGAACCAAAAGGCACAAUGACGUUGGAGCUCCUUGAACACAAUGAAGCCUACACAUGGACAAAUCCUACGUGCUGUGUGCAUAACAUUAUUGUGGGCAAACUCUGGAUUGAGCAGUAUGGAAACGUGGAAAUAACUAACCAUAAAACUGGUGAGAAAUGUGUACUAAGCUUCAAGCCCUGUGGCCUCUUUGGGAAGGAGUUGCACAAAGUUGAAGGCUACAUUCAGGACAAAAGCAAAAAGAAACUUUGUGCGCUGUAUGGGAAGUGGACUGAGUGUCUGUACAGUGUUGACCCAGCUACAUUUGAAGCUUACAAAAAAAAUGACAAGAAAAAUGCAGAAGAGAAGAAAAGCAGUAAACAGGUACUAAUGGUGGGCAAUACUGAGGAGUCUGAUGAAAUGCCAUUGCCAGAUUCUGAGAGUGUGUAUGUUAUUCCUGGAAGUGUUUUGCUAUGGAAGAUAACUCCAAGACCUCCAAAUUCAGCACAGAUGUAUAAUUUUACCAGCUUUGCUAUGGCUUUGAAUGAGUUGGACAAAGAAAUGGAGAGUGUCAUUCCCAAAACUGACUGCCGGCUACGACCAGAUAUCAGAGCUAUGGAAAAUGGAGAAAUAGAUCUGGCUAGUGAAGAAAAGAAGAGGCUAGAAGAAAAGCAGAGGACUGCCCGCAAAAAUCGUUCGAAGUCGGAGGAAGACUGGAAGACAAGAUGGUUCCACCAAGGCCCCAAUCCCCAUACUGGUACUCAGGACUGGCUUUAUUCUGGCAACUACUGGGACAGAAACUACUUUAAUUUGCCUGAUAUUUAUUGAAAUGCAGUAAGGAGCCUGUGACUGAUACAAAUAAGUCUUAAUCCGUUUUAAUGUUUUCCCUUGUUCUACUUAUCUCCUGAAAAUACUGACAUGUUAUCAAACAGAAUAUUAAGCAUCUCCAUAAUAAAUCUGGUGGUACAUGAUCUGCAGUCCUAGGGGUAGGGGAAUAAUUUUUCUGGCUGGCAGUGGGUCCUGUGUGGACAAAUUAAGUCAACCAUGGUUUCGAGCUGCCCUGAUUGCUGAAUACACCUAUAUUAGGUUGUGGUGUAUGAGGAGUAGAACACCUUCAGCUGUUCUGUGAAUACUUUAUUUUGUAGAUAACCUUGGCACAAGUAAAACUGGUUUUAUUUAUUGUGACAUGGGAAUGUUUAAAAGCACACACAGUAAUUGCAAUACUCUAUUCUUAAAUGAAGAAAGGAGAGUGUGUCACUUCUGUAAAGAUGUAAUUUUUCAUAAAGUGACUUUUCUUUUACUAAAGUAAUUCCCUUGAAUCCUGAGCUCUGGUCAAGAGAUUACAGAAGUGUUCCCAUCUCUGGAGCAUUAAU